AUGGUUGGAGGACCAAGGCAUAGCUCAUUGCUUGCUUCAGUCGGCCGACCACAAGCCAAUGGCCAAGUAGAGGCAUACAACAAGUUGAUCUCCAAUGGAAUCAAGCGCAAGCUUGAAAGGGCAGGCGGCUUAUGGGCUGAUGAGUUGGUUAAUGUAUUAUGGUCUAAACGAACCACGGCCAAGAGCUCCACAGCAGAAACUCCAUUCUUUUUGGUCUAUGGCGCAGAGGUUGUCCUUCCAAUUGAGAUGUAUGAGCCCACCCUUAGGGUGAUGCUAUAUGAUGAAACGACUAAUUGGGAAGCCAUGAAGACCGCCCUAGACUUCCUUCCUGAGGUUAGGGGCAACGCGGCGCUUAGACACGAAAUCUAUCGCCUAAGGAUGACAAGGGCAUACAAUCGCAGAGUGUUAAAGCGGCCGCUAAAACUGGGAGAUCUAGUCCUAAGGAAGAUGGAGGCUGUGGGACGAGCAAAUGAAAACGGAAAGUUGACCCAAAACUCGGAAGGGCCGUAUUGA